AUGGAGCAUCCUGAUAGCUACAACAAUCGUACAACUUCCAAUCGGCAGCCAGCCCAGCAGUCCUUUCAAAUUCACUCCCCCCCUUCCAAUGCCACUCGGCCUGUUGGGUCAAGGAAGAGCUCUUCCUUUGUUCCCCGGUUAACGUUGAUGGUGGUGAUGUUUUUCUUCAUACUAUGCUUGAUCAUCUUCAUUGCAUGGCUUGUCAUACACCCUCUUGAUCCUGCUAUUCGACUCAAUUCCCUAUCUGUCUCCAACAUCACAGUCUCUAAUCCUCAAUUUGCUGCAAAUUACGACAUCGAAUUCACUGUGAAUAACACUAACAAGAAAGUAAACUUGUUCGUCGACCAAGUCGAAGUCAUGGUGAAUUAUAGAAAAGGCCGCCUUUCCAGUAAGAUUCUUGGAAAAAGUGAGUAUCUUGUAAAGAUGAGUGAGGCAAGGUUGAAGGUUGAGUUAGGAAGGGACGCGGUUUGUUCGUUGAAAGAUAAAGUUUUUAAGGAUAUAAGUGAUGAGUGGAGCAAAAAGAUGGUAAAUUUCAAUGUCAAAUUGUUUGUUAGUGCAGGAUUUGAAAUUGGUGUUCUGCCAACCAAGCAAAGAACCAUGGAGUUUCAGUGCAUGAAUUUACCUGUUGAAUUCUUCUCUACAAAGGGGACAGGGAAGCUCAUGAGCGGAGGGAAGGAUUGCUUGGUUCAUGCCUGA